AUGGCCGACACCAUCUUUGACAUCCCCGAGAUCUGUCUUCUCAUCGCUAAACACUUAUCCAAAAAUGACCUUGCCAGUGCCUGCCGCGUCCGCCGUAGUUGGUUCGCCCCCUUCGCAAGCGAACUCUGGCGCUCGAUUGACCCUGACCAAUGGACCAAUCACACCUUUCGCAGUGCUUUCCCACGGUAUUCAGCCUUUAUCCGCGAGCUACGGUGUGGCAGCCUUGUCCCACUCGACGUACUCGGUCUUCACUGCACUCAACUGACGCUCCUCCAUGUCCCAGGGCUCCUCAGUUACCCUGUCCUCGAACGAGCCCUACAGUCCAAUCCACGCAUUGAAGAACUCCGACUGCGUGCUGUCGUAACAAAGGAAGAUGUGCAGGGUAUCGUGGAAAUAUUCAGGACGAUGGUGGGGAUGAAAAUGCUAAAGACGUUGUCCUUUACCCAUUUCAAAAUGCCCUCAGAAGCACUGGAGUAUCUGCUAGACCAUCUAUCAGGGUUACAAUCGCUGGAAAUCGACGGAUGGGAGUGCAAGGCAUCCCCGGGUCUACUGUUGGAUCCUAUUACAGGGCUGCUGGCGCCGACCGAAGCAGCCCUGGAAGCGGUGGCAACAAGAAGUGGUAGAAGCCUACAGCCUUCGGAGCGACAAUAA